UUGCAUACUAAUCUCUUCUCUUUCAUACACAGACAGACAGGUAGCUUCCUCAGCUCCUAGAGCCCUCUAAAAUGUCUCUUCUCUCAGAUCUCAUCAACCUCAACCUCUCCGAAUGCACCGAUAAGAUAAUCGCUGAAUACAUAUGGGUUGGUGGAUCUGGCAUGGAUCUCAGGAGCAAAGCCAGGACUAUAUCUGGACCUGUCACUGACCCCUCAAAGCUUCCCAAGUGGAACUAUGAUGGGUCUAGCACAGGCCAAGCUCCUGGAAAGGACAGUGAAGUAAUCCUAUACCCUCAAGCGAUCUUCAGGGACCCCUUUAGGAGGGGUAACAAUAUCUUGGUCAUGUGUGACUGUUACACUCCAGCUGGUGAGGCUAUUCCAACAAACAAGAGGUACAACGCAGCCAAGAUUUUCAGUCACCCUGAUGUUGCAAAAGAGGAGCCCUGGUAUGGAAUUGAGCAAGAAUACACCCUUCUGCAAAAAGAUGUUAAUUGGCCCAUUGGUUGGCCACUCGGAGGUUAUCCUGGACCUCAGGGACCAUACUACUGUGGAGUUGGUGCUGAAAAGGCUUGGGGGCGCGAUAUUGUCGACUCACAUUACAAGGCCUGUCUUUAUGCAGGGAUCAACAUCAGUGGCAUUAACGGAGAAGUGAUGCCUGGACAGUGGGAGUUCCAAGUUGGACCUUGUGUUGGCAUCUCUGCUGCUGAUGAACUCUGGGUGGCUCGGUAUAUUCUCGAGAGGAUUACUGAGAUUGCUGGGGUUGUUCUGUCAUUCGACCCCAAACCCAUCCAGGGUGAUUGGAAUGGUGCUGGUGCUCACACAAACUACAGCACAAAAUCAAUGAGGAAUGCAGGUGGAUAUGAAGUGAUUAAGACAGCCAUUGAAAAGCUUAAGCUGAGGCACAAAGACCACAUUGCGGCCUAUGGUACAGGCAACGAGCGUCGCCUGACCGGGAGACACGAAACAGCCGACAUCAACACUUUCUCAUGGGGAGUGGCUAACCGAGGCGCGUCUGUUCGCGUGGGUCGGGACACUGAGAAAGAAGGCAAAGGCUACUUCGAGGACAGAAGACCGGCGUCAAAUAUGGAUCCGUACACUGUUACCUCCAUGAUUGCCGAAACCACCCUCCUCUGGAAGUCUUAAAGAAUGAUUAUUGAGUGUUUGAGAAGUGUUACGUUGUUUAUUUGAGGGAAAUUUAUGAAGUGUAGCUUAGAAAGCGCCUUCUGGGUUGUGUUUAAUUUAUGGUUUUAAAUGUUGUUGUUUUUCGGUUUCCUUUGUGCUUGUAACAGAGAGGGUAUGAAGUGGAAUAAUAAUUAAUACUA